AUGACAAGCAUCAAUCGUAUCGAGCGGAUUCUAGAAGGGUUCGAUCCAGUGAAAAAUGGACUCGACGGCGAUUUCGUAUUGACAAAAUUGACUGCCAUGAAAGGUUGCGGAUGUAAAGUUCCGAGAGACGUGCUUCUUCAAUUGCUGCAGACAUUCAAAACAGACUUGGUCAUCAACAACGAUGAAAUUGACAUCGGUCUCGACAGUUGUGUGAUUCCUCUUCGUCAUCCUGGUCUUCGUCUUGUUCAAACUACUGAUUUUUUCUAUCCUCUCGUGGAUGAUCCAUAUAUUAUGGGUCGGAUCACUUGCGCAAAUGUGCUUUCCGAUUUAUAUGCAAUGGGAGUUUCGGAAUGCGAUAACAUGCUGAUGCUUUUGGGAAUUGCCGUUGAUUUGAAUGAAACACAGAGAGAUAUUAUUGUUCGACUUUUUAUUCAAGGUUUUAAGGACGCAGCAGAUGAGGCAGAUACAAAGAUUCGUGGAGGACAAACCGUCCGUUGUCCUUGGCUUCUUCUUGGAGGAGUGGCAAGUUCUGUUGCUCAUGAAUCAGAAAUAAUCAAAGUGGAUCGAGCAGUUCCUGGUGAUGUACUAGUUCUUACUAAACCGAUUGGAGGUCAAGUAGCUGUAAAUUCAUACGAAUGGAUUAAGAAUAACAAAGGGAAAAUCGAAGAACUUGGACUCGAUAGUUCGAAAAUUCGAAAAGCUUUUCAACAAGUUUGUGAGCAGAUGAGUCGUCUCAAUAGAAAUGCAGCCAAGAUUCUUCACAAAUAUGAAGCUCAUUCCUCAACAGAUGUCACUGGAUUUGGAUUAUUCGGGCAUUCUGAAAAUUUGGCUCGCGUUCAAAAACAACAAGUGGAGUUUGUAAUCGAAAAACUUCCAAUAAUUGAAUAUAUGGAUGAAAUUGCUGAUCGUAUGAUUGAAAAAGGUGGAGAAGGUUUUCGAUUAUUCCAAGGUCGUUCUGCGGAAACAAGUGGCGGACUUCUUGUUGCAAUGUCUAUGGAAAACGCUCAGAAGUACAUUACGGAACUAUCCGCUCUUGAUAAUGCCCCUGCGUGGAUUGUCGGUCGAGUGAUCGCAAAAACAACCGAUUCGUUUGCUAGCAUUGCACCCGAUGUUGUUCGUCUAUCGAUUCCAUCUUCUAUUUGA